UUUUUUUUUUUUCUUCAUCAUUGUACAUCAUGUCUGCCCUUCGUGCUUUCACCAAAGUUGCUCGUCAACCUACUUUACGUUUGAACGCUGUUCGUUCUUAUGCUUCUCAAGCUACGUCCUUGAAGGAACGUCUCGCUGAAAUCAUUCCUGAAAAACAAGCUGAAGUUAAGGCUUUCAAAAAGGAAUACGGUAGCACUGUUUUAGGUGAAGUUACUAUUGACCAAGCUUAUGGUGGUAUGCGUGGUAUCAAGGGUCUUAUCUGGGAAGGUUCCGUUUUGGACUCUGAAGAAGGUAUUCGUUUCCGUGGAAAAUCUAUUCCUGAAUGUCAAAAGGAAUUGCCUUCUGCCAUUCCUGGUGGUGAACCUCUUCCUGAAGCUCUCUUUUGGUUACUCGUCACUGGUGAAGUCCCUACUCCCGAACAAGCAAAGUCCAUCUCCAAGGAAUGGGCUGCUCGUGGUGACAUUCCCGCUUUCGUCGAAGACCUCUUGGAUCGUUGCCCUAAGACUCUUCACCCUAUGGCUCAAUUCUCUCUCGCUAUCAAUGCCCUUCAACAUGAUUCUCACUUUGCAAAGGCUUACGCCAAAGGUAUCAACAAGGCUGAUUACUGGGGUCCCACUUAUGAAGAUACUAUGGAUUUGAUCGCUAAACUCCCAAAGGUCGCCGCUCGUAUCUAUCGUAACGUUUACAAGGAUGGAAAGGUCCCUGAACUCGAUCGUGAUCAAGAUUACUCUUACAACUAUGCUAAACUUCUUGGUUUCGAACAAAACAAGGAAUUCGUUGAACUCAUGCGUCUCUAUCUUUUCCUUCACUCUGAUCACGAAGGUGGUAAUGCCUCUGCCCACACUACUCACUUGAUCGGUUCUACCCUCUCUGAUCCCUAUCUCGCUUUCGCCGGUGGUCUCAACUCCCUCGCUGGUCCCCUCCAUGGUCUCGCUAACCAAGAAGUCUUACGUUGGACUGUAGCAAUGCAAGAAUCUAUCGGUCACGAUGCUUCUGAUGAACAAAUCGAAAAAUACUUAUGGGACACCCUCAACUCUGGUAGAGUCAUCCCUGGUUUUGGUCACGCUGUCUUACGUAAAACUGACCCUCGUUAUAUGGCUCAAAGAGAAUUCGCCCUCAAACAUCUUCCAAACGAUCCUCUAUUCGGUCUAGUAUCAAAACUUUAUCACAUCAUCCCUCGUGUUUUAACUGAACAUGGUAAAACAAAGAACCCUUAUCCCAACAUCGAUAGUCACAGCGGAGCCCUUUUGCAAUACUAUGGGUUAGUUGAACAGGACUAUUACACUGUCAUGUUUGGUGUUUCCCGUGCUAUUGGUGUUACUUCUCAAUUGAUUUGGGAUCGUGCCUUGGGCAUGCCUCUUGAACGUCCCAAGUCUUUCAGUACUGCCUAUCUCAAGAAGAUGUAUGCCAAGAACUAAGGGUUUAUUAUAGUUUGUUAUUAUCCUUUUCUUUUUUUAUACAUUACAUUAGACUCACACUUUAUACAUACUCCCCUUCUUCAUUUUAAUAAAAAAAAUUGGUUUUUUUAGAAGUCAUUAGGCGAUUGUUAUAUUGGGUUGGAUGAUGAUGGAUGAAUAGUAUGAUGAUGAUGGAUGAUCGAUGAUGUUGGAUUAUAGAUAAAGAUGGAUAAAGGAUGCUGGAUACUGG